CGACAUGGAGCUGCUCCGCACCAUCGCGGUACCGCCGGCGGGCGCCAAGGGCGGCGAGCAGCCGGGCCGGGCGGGCGGGGACCCGAAGCGCCGGCGGCCGUCCCCCGCCGAGGACCCGCCGCCCCGGGCGCUGGAGCCGCCGGCCGUCCCGCAGCCCCGCCACCACGCGGGCGCCGAGGUGUCCCGGGUCGUCUUGGACCCCACGACGGGGAGGCGCUUCUGUUUCGGCCGGGUGCUGGGCAAGGGCGGCUUCGCCAAAUGUUACGAGAUGACGGAUUUGACCAACAACAAAGUCUACGCGGCCAAGAUCAUCCCGCACAGCCGGGUGGCCAAGCCCCACCAGCGGGAGAAGAUCGACAAAGAGAUCGAGCUGCACCGGCUCCUGCACCACAAGCACGUCGUCCAGUUCCACCACCACUUCGAGGACCAGGAGAACAUCUACAUCCUGCUCGAGUACUGCAGCCGGCGGUCCAUGGCUCACAUCCUGAAAGCAAGGAAGGUGCUGACGGAGCCCGAAGUCCGAUACUACCUCCGGCAGAUCGUGUCGGGGCUGAAGUACCUUCACGAGCAGGAAAUCCUGCACCGGGAUCUCAAACUCGGGAACUUUUUUAUUAACGAGGCCAUGGAGCUGAAAGUCGGGGACUUCGGUUUGGCAGCCAGGCUGGAGCCCUUGGAGCACCGAAGGAGAACAAUAUGUGGUACCCCGAACUAUCUCUCCCCCGAAGUCCUCAACAAGCAAGGGCACGGCUGCGAGUCGGACAUCUGGGCGCUUGGCUGUGUAAUGUAUACCAUGCUACUAGGAAGGCCCCCGUUCGAAACCACGAAUCUGAAGGAAACGUACAGGUGCAUCCGAGAAGCCAGGUACACCAUGCCGUCCUCCUUGCUGGCCCCUGCGAAGCACUUGAUAGCGAGCAUGUUGUCCAAAAACCCCGAGGACCGGCCCCGCUUGGAUGACAUCGUUCGCCAUGAGUUCUUUGUGCAGGGCUUCACUCCCGACAGGCUCUCCUCCAGCUGCUGCCACACGGUCCCCGAUUUCCACCUGUCCAGCCCCGCAAAGAAUUUCUUUAGGAAAGCCGCUGCUGCUCUUUUUGGUGGCAAAAAAGACAAAGCAAGAUACAUUGACACACACAAUAGAGCAUCUAAAGAAGAUGAAGACAUUUACAAGCUCAGGCACGAUUUGAAAAAGGCUUCAAUAACGCAGCAGCCCAGCAAACACAGGACAGACGAGGAGCUCCCUCCGCCUCCCGCCACAGUGGCCGGGUCGGGAACGGCUGUGGUGGAAAACAGGCAGCAGGUUGGGGACGUGAUUCGGAUGAUCGUCCGAGGGACCCUUGGCAGCUGCAGCAGCAGCAGUGAAUGCCUGGAGGACAGCACCAUGGGGAGUGUGGCGGACACGGUGGCCAGAGUCCUCCGCGGGUGCCUGGAGAACAUGCCGGAGGCCGACUGCAUUCCCAGGGAGCAGCUGAGCACCUCCUUCCAGUGGGUCACCAAGUGGGUCGACUACUCCAACAAGUACGGCUUCGGGUACCAGCUCUCCGACCACACGGUGGGCGUCCUCUUCAACAACGGCGCCCACAUGAGCCUCCUUCCAGACAAGAGGACCGUCCACUACUACGCGGAGCUCGGCCAGUGCUCUGUCUUCACAGCGACAGCCGCCCCUGAGCAGUUCAUCAGCCAAGUGACGGUGCUGAAGUACUUCUCCCACUACAUGGAGGAGAACCUGAUGGACUCUCUGCAGUCCCCUCUCUGCCAAUCUCUUCAGGGUGGAGACCUGCCCAGCGUGACUGACACCCGGAGGCCUCGACUCUACCUCCUUCAGUGGCUCAAGUCCGACAAGGCCUUAAUGAUGCUCUUCAAUGAUGGCACCUUCCAGGUGAAUUUCUACCACGACCACACGAAGGUCAUCAUCUGCAGCCAGGACGAGGAGUACCUGCUCACCUACAUCAACGAGGACCGGCUCUCCACCACCUUCCGGCUGACCACGCUGCUGGUGUCGGGCUGCGCGCCGGAGCUGAAGCAGCGGAUGGAGUACGCGCUGAACAUGCUCCUGCAGAGAUGCAACUAGCGGACUGGGACGGGGGCCCGCAGCUCCUCCCAGGGAGCCAUGCGGCACGGAAGGUUCCGCACGUUGUGAGGCGGGCAGCGGAGGUACGAAGGCCGUCCUUCUGGCUGCCGGACUGUCUGAGGAUGCCGCUCUUGACCGGGACAGUCCGAGUGGGAACCCGAGUGCAGGGACCUGUUUUAAAAGGUUUUCCGGACAAUUUCAGAGAAAGGUGCAGAGGACGGGCUGUGACCUCCUUCCCGAAGGGGAGGAGCCGCGUGGAGAGGCUGUGACGGGGCAGCGUUGAGCUGCUUAACUGUGAACUAAGGCCAUCGACAAUGUUUUUGGUUACUUUUUAAGACACUUGUGGCUGGAAAAGUGCAUUCCUUGUUAAUAAACUUUUUAUUUAUUACAGCCAAAGAGCAGUAUUUAUUAUCAGAUUUUUUUUUUAUGUUGACCAUUUUAAACUGUUGGCAAUAAAGCUCAUGGAAAAGCA